AUGGACACACUUAGUACAGCUAACGUUGAAUUCUGCUUGGACGUUUUUAAAGAACUGAGCAGCAACCAUGUUGGGGAGAAUGUCUUCUUUUCCCCUGUGAGUUUGCUCUAUGCCCUCAGUAUGCUUUUUCUGGGUGCUCGAGGCAACAGUGCAGCACAAAUGGGAAAGGUGCUACACUUUAGUUAUGUGGAAGGAUCAUCACAUCCAGGGCUUGAGAAUUCUUCUAAGUGUGACCUAACUGGAGGGAUACAUUUAGAGCUGCCAGCAUUAUUCUCUCAGAUCAGCCGGUCGGACAGUAAUUCCACGCUUGGCAUCGCCAACAAGCUCUAUGGAACCAAGAAUAUUGAAUUCCACCCACAAUAUUUAAGUUGUUCUGAAGAGCUAUACCAAUCCAAGCUGCAGACUGUAGAUUUUGAGCAUGCUCCAGAAGAAACCAGGAAAGCGAUUAAUGCUUGGGUUGAAAGUAAAACAAAUGGAAAAGUCAAGAACCUGUUUAGCAAAGGAACAAUCGACACUUCUUCCGUCAUGGUCCUGGUGAAUGCUAUCUACUUUAAAGGGCAGUGGCAGAAUAAAUUUCAGGAAGAGCAGACGAUUCAAAUGCCCUUUAAGCUUAGAGAAGGUCGGAUUGUACCUGUGCAGAUGAUGCAUCAGAUAGGAACAUUUAAAGUGGCUUUCAUAAAGGAACUUCAGAUGCAAAUCCUUGAACUCCCAUAUGCUAGUGGAAACCUAAGCAUGAUUGUACUUCUUCCGAAAGACACAGAUCAAAUAGAACAGAUUGAGAAACAGCUCAACUUGAAGACAUUCAAUCAGUGGACAAAUUCUUUAAUGACAGAGAGAGAAGUUGAUGUUCUCUUUCCCCGAUUCAAACUUGGAAUUAAAUAUGAGUUAAAUUCUCUGUUAAAAGCACUAGGGAUAACAGAUAUUUUUGACAAUUUAAAAGCUGAUCUUUCUGGACUCUCUCCAAGUAGAGAGUUAUAUUUAUCAAAAGUCAUCCAUGAAUCCUUUGUAGAUGUUAAUGAAGAGGGCACAGAGGCAUCUGCUGCAACCGGUGAUGUUGUUGUGGUAAAGAGACUUCCCAUUCGGGACCGGUUCAUAGCUGAUCACCCUUUCCUUUUCUUCAUAAAGCACAUUUAUACCAACACAAUUCUUUUCUGUGGCAGGUUCUCCUCUCCAUAAACAAGGGAGUAGUGGUGGUGUCAGGGUUAGAUGUAUCUGAAAAGGCACAAGGGUAAUUAAUCUG